AUGUCCAACAAACGGAAGCCCGAGGACCACAUCCCUUCUGAAGCCUCUUUCGCAGAGGAAGAAGACGACGACGAUUCCUUGUCCGGCGAGGAAAUUGACUUAUCUGAAACCUCUUCCGGCGAGGAAGACGAUGACGAUUCCUCGUCCGGCAAUGAAAUCGACUCGGAGCCCUCAACGACCCAAAUGUCUUCUGGUGUAGAAAAUGAGUUUUCUUCUGAUGACGAAUUGAAGAAGCUAGAGAUUGAAGAGAUGAAGGUCAUUUUGAGGCAUUAUGAGGUGAAGCUUGAAAAGGCCAAGCUAUUUCUGAAGGUUUUGAAGUCCAGGAGGGGCCACUGA